GUCUUAAGCAUGAGUCUUAGAACAGCACUUGGCGCUGUCUCUUUCUGCCUCGCGCUCGGACCGAUAAGACAGCCAUGUCUCAUCGUAAAUUCCAUGCCCCUCGUCACGGGCAUAUGGGCUUCCUGCCCCACAAGAGGAGCAAGAGGCACCAUGGGAGGGUACGCAGCUGGCCCAAAGACGACCCCAAACAGCCCGUCCACCUCACUGCGUUCCUGGGAUACAAAGCUGGCAUGACCCACACACUGAGGGAGGUGCAUCGCACUGGCAUGAAGAUAUCAAAGCGAGAGGAGGUGGAGGCCGUCACUAUUAUCGAGACUCCUCCCAUAAUCGUGGUGGGCGUGGUGGGAUACAUCAGCACCAUAAAGGGUCUGCGCAGCUUCAAAACCAUAUUUGCUGAACAUCUUAGCGAUGAGUGCAAGAGACGAUUCUACAAAAACUGGUACAAGAGUAAGAAGAAGGCCUUCACUAAAUACAGCAAGAAGUGGCAGGAUGAAACGGGCAAAAAGCAGCUGGAAAAGGAUUUCACCCUGAUGAAGAAAUACUGCUCUGUCAUCAGAGUCAUCGUUCAUUCUCAGAUGCGCUUGCUGCCCCUGAGGCAGAAGAAGGCCCACGUCAUGGAGGUGCAGCUGAACGGAGGAACCGUAGCGGAGAAGGUGGACUGGGUCAGGGAGCGUCUGGAGCAGCCGGUGCCCGUGUCCGCUGUGUUCUGCCAGAACGAGAUGAUCGAUGUGAUCGGGGUGACUAAAGGCCACGGUGUGAAGGGGGUGACGAGCCGCUGGCACACCAAGAAGCUGCCCAGGAAAACUCAUAAGGGCCUGAGGAAGGUGGCCUGUAUUGGAGCCUGGCAUCCUGCCCGUGUGGGCUACACCAUUGCCCGCGCUGGCCAGAAGGGGUACCACCACCGCACAGAGCUUAACAAGAAGAUUUACCGUAUUGGGAAAGGGGUGCACAUCCAGGAUGGCAAGGUGGUUCACAACAACGCCUCCACCAGCUACGACACCACCCAGAAAACCAUCACUCCAAUGGGAGGCUUCCCUCGUUACGGAGAGGUUAAUAACGACUUUCUGAUGCUUAAAGGCUGCGUGGUCGGGGCAAAGAAACGAGUGCUCACGCUCAGAAAGUCAAUGCUUGAGCAAAGCUCUCGCAAGGCCAGAGAGAGCAUUGAGCUCAAAUUUAUCGACACCACCUCCAAGUUCGGCCACGGCUGCUUCCAGACUCCUCAGGAGAAGUUUGCUUUCAUGGGCCCUCUGAAGAAGCACUUGCUUAAGAAAGCUCCUGAGCCUGUCCAAGAGGAGCCCCUGUGAGGCGGUACCUGUUGUUCCACUAAUCAAUAAAAAAAAUGCAGUAAAUAAAAGGCAAUUAACUUAAA